GGGAAGUUCCUGCUGCAAUACCGCGAGUGGCCACUGGUGGACACCAGCGGGCUGACUCGGCGCUGUUCGCGGGUGCGUGGCCUGGUCUGCCGUCCCACCAUCAUGAAGAAGAAGGCGAGCAGGUCGCGGGGCGCGGACGCCGGCAGCACGCAGGAGGGAUGCUGUGCUCUCUGCAGACUCAGUGAUGACGACCCGUUCAUGUUUGGAGAGAAAGUCUCCCUGAAAGACGAGAAGCUGUCCGUCCACUACUUCUGUUUGCUGACGUCGUGCGGAGUGUACCAGCGAGGACACGAGGACGAGGGCGUCUUCGGGUUCCUGCUGGAGGACAUCAGGCAGGAGAGACGCCGCUCGGCUCGGCUGACGUGCUCCUGCUGUAAGAAGAAGGGAGCGUGUGUGUACU